UGUUUUCUUUUUUCUCCCCUACAGGUGAUUCCAGUAUGGUUUCACAGGCUCAAGAGGAGAUUAUUGAAAUCAAAGAUGUAUUUUCCGUAAAAUUGAAACGUCGUCGUUUUGCAGGGCAGAAAAAAGGUGGUACUUUGUUGGGUAUCACAGUUUUUAAAUGCUUGAGUAAAGAAGCAAAUAAACUAACAGACUGUGCUAUCCAUUUAAAUAACUUAAGUGAAGAUCAUUGUCAUUUAUGGUUUAGACAUCUAAAGGAAAUUUUGAAUGUAACUGAAUAUGAAGGACAUGCUCUCUCGGUACUUAAAGAAUGUGACCUCCAGGCAUUUGAUGGGGUAGUUUGUGUUGGUGGAGAUGGAUCUGUCAGUGAAGUUGCUCAUGGUCUACUGCUUAAAGCCCAGAUAGAUGCUGGAAAAGACACAGACUAUGUACUAUCACCUGUCAGAGCACCGGUUCCCCUUGGAGUAAUACCAGCAGGUACCUCUAAUAUUUUGGCCCACACUCUCUAUGGUAUUAAGCAUGCAGUGACUGCAACGUUGCACAUUGUAAUGGGACAUAUUCAACCAGUAGAUGUCUGCAGUUUCAGUACUCCAAGCAAGCUUUUGCGGUUUGGGUUCUCAGCUAUGUUUGGCUUUGGUGCCAGGACUCUGGCCUUGGCUGAAAAGCACCGUUGGAUGCCCUCCAACCAGCGGAAGGAUUUUGCUUUUAUCAAAACACUGGCAGAUCUGAAGCCAGAGGAAUGUGAAUUGUCAUUUCUACCUCUACAGAUUCCACAGGAAGACUCUCAUGAGAAUGACAGAAAGAAGAAAGAGAAAAUUAGAAAAAAGGGUAGCAAGGAUCAAUGGCAGAAAAUUCAGGGCCACUUCCUGAAUGUGAGCAUUAUGGCAAUCCCUUGUCUGUGUUCAAUGGCACCAAGAGGCUUGGCACCUAAUACGAGGUUGAAUAAUGGAAGCAUGGCUCUAAUUGUUGUACAAAAUACUUCUCGAACAGAGUUUAUAAAACACCUGAAAAGAUAUGCCAGUGUAAAAAAUCAGUUCAAUUUUCCCUUCAUUGAGACCUACACCAUUCAAGAAGUAAAAGUACAGCCAAGGGCUAAAAGUGGGCUUGAUGACAAAGAAAACACAUCUUUGAAUGCUGCUACUGCAGAAGGAAAUUACCCUUGGAAUAUAGAUGGAGACUUAAUGGAAGAAGCAUCAGAAGUUCAUGUUCGGGUGCAUCCUCAACUUAUUAAUCUCUAUGGAGUGAACACUGAUGACCUGGAGAGUUCCCAAGCAACAUGCAGUUGCAUAUAGAAAGGACACACUGCAAGUUCUGUAUGACAGGAUCCUUUUCUUACUUUUAUGCACAGUUUUCCAGGGCCCCAGUCUUUCACUCACUGAAUUCAGGUAUUGUAGCAGAAGCCUAACUGAGACAACUGUAUUAUUUCUGGUUUUAGAUUUUUAUCAGAUUGUAUUUAACUGUAAAGAAACUGCUAAACUUAACAAGAAAAAAAUGAAAACUGAUUAUAUUGGUCUCUCAUAAAUAUAGGGGUUGAGAAGUGUCCAUCAGAAUGGAAAAUAUUUUUUCUUUAAAAUUACUUCUAUUUAUUGCAAAAGCUAGAAUAUAUCUCAUUACAAUUCUGCUGCUGCUAUCCAUGUUAUCAAGUUACUCAGUACAAAAAGAGCUGGUGAAUGGAGGUAUGGUACCACUUCAUGCUGAAGAAUGGUGGCAAAAUAUCGAUUUAUUAUUUAAUCAAGUACUUCAAUUUCUAGUUAUAAUUUUUAAUAUUGCCUUAAUGUAUUUGCUUUCAAAUUGUUCCUAGUCAAAUAGUAAUAUAAAAGAAUAUGCUG